AUGCCCAAUCAAUACUUGAUGUUGGCUUUGGCUUUGGACGGUCUGAGCACAAGACUUAGUGUCCUCCUGUUCUCCCCGUAUGAGCCUAUCACAGCGUCACACCUCCUUAUCUCGUCGCCCUAUGGGGUACCGUCUAAGCUCUAUGUCUGGGGAACGCCUUCGCUCUAUCCCUAUCACGUCUUGUGUAGAGGGAAUGGGAAGGCGUACCGACUACCUCGGUUGCCAGAAUCCCAGAAACCCAUUAUCCACGUCUACGUCCAGAUCCAGGUCCAGGCCCCUGCCCAACCAGCCCCAAAACCAAACCCAAUCCGCCAUCCGCGUGACGGAGGCUGA